AUGACGUUCCACCAUAAAGACGUGAUAAAGCCUCUGGAUUUGCUCCCACAGUGUUCGUUCGCAUUUGUGUAUCGCCUUCACUCAGUAACUAACCCUGUGCCCAUUCAUUGUAAUUUCAGAGCGAAUUCUAAACAUUACCUCUUGUGGGGCAUUCUUGUCCUAUUCUCUAUUGGUAUAUGGGCGGACGACAGUAAAGACGAGAAGAAGGAAACGAAAUAUGGAACAAUCAUCGGAAUUGAUCUUGGUACCACAUAUUCCUGUGUUGGUGUGUACAAGAAUGGACGAGUAGAAAUCAUCGCUAAUGACCAAGGAAACCGGAUAACUCCAUCUUAUGUCGCGUUCGCUGGAGACACAGGAGAACGUAUGAUCGGUGAUGCUGCCAAAAACCAGCUUACCAUUAAUCCAGAAAAUACUGUGUUCGACGCUAAACGACUCAUUGGACGAGAUUUCACCGAUAAGACUGUUCAGGAUGACAUCAAACUCUGGCCAUUCAAGAUCGUCGACAAGAACAACAAGCCACAUGUUUCACUGAAUGUUGGUAAAGGAAACCAAGCAGUUCACCCCAGAAGAGAUAUCGGCCAUGGAAACCGGAUAACUCCAUCUUAUGUCGCGUUCGCUGGAGACACAGGAGAACGUAUGAUCGGUGAUGCUGCCAAAAACCAGCUUACCAUUAAUCCAGAAAAUACUGUGUUCGACGCUAAACGACUCAUUGGACGAGAUUUCACCGAUAAGACUGUUCAGGAUGACAUCAAACUCUGGCCAUUCAAGGUAAUUGUUCCGAACUCUCUGUUGACAUCACAUCUAGAGAAGAUGAGGCGUGAUCCAAGUGAACGAAACAUCCUUGUGUUCGACUUGGGAGGUGGUACAUUCGAUGUUUCAAUGCUUACCAUUGACAACGGCGUUUUCGAAGUGUUGGCUACUAAUGGAGAUACUCACCUUGGAGGAGAAGAUUUCGACCAGCGUGUCAUGGAGUAUUUCAUCAAGCUGUACAAGAAGAAAACCGGCAAAGACCUGCGAAAGGAUAAUCGUGCCGUGCAGAAACUCCGUCGUGAAGUUGAAAAAGCGAAGAGAGCCCUUUCAACCCAGCAUCAGACAAAGGUUGAGGUGGAAUCAAUCAUGGACGGUGAAGAUUUCUCUGAAACUCUAACUCGGGCCAAAUUUGAAGAAUUGAACAUGGAUCUGUUCCGCGCAACGUUGAAGCCCGUACAAAAAGUGCUCGAGGACUCGGAUCUCAAGAAGGAUCAAGUUCACGAGAUUGUUCUUGUUGGCGGUUCAACACGUAUACCAAAAGUUCAGCAACUGAUCAAAGAUUUCUUCAACGGAAAAGAGCCAUCACGUGGUAUCAACCCUGAUGAAGCUGUCGCAUAUGGAGCUGCAGUUCAAGCUGGAGUAAUCAGUGGUGAAGAAAACACUGGAGAUAUCGUUCUUCUUGACGUGAACCCACUCACACUCGGAAUUGAAACAGUGGGAGGUGUGAUGACUAAGCUGAUCACUCGUAACACCGUCAUCCCUACAAAGAAAUCGCAGAUCUUCUCUACCGCUGCGGAUAACCAACCGACUGUUACAAUUCAGGUAUUCGAAGGAGAACGUCCAAUGACGAAGGAUAAUCACGAACUCGGCAAAUUUGACCUCACCAAUAUUCCUCCAGCACCUCGAGGAGUUCCGCAAAUUGAGGUAACCUUCGAAAUCGACGUCAAUGGAAUUCUUCACGUAACCGCAGAGGAUAAGGGUACCGGAAACAAGAACAAGAUCACUAUCACCAACGAUCAAAAUCGACUCAGCCCCGAAGACAUUGAACGAAUGAUCAACGAUGCUGAGAAGUUCGCUGAAGAUGAUAAGAGAGUCAAGGAACAAGUAGAGGCACGCAACGAGCUGGAAUCCUACGCAUAUUCGCUGAAGAAUCAGAUUGGUGACAAGGAAAAACUAGGUGGAAAGCUAGAUGAUGCUGACAAGAAGACGUUGGAAGAAGCCGUUGAUGAAACUAUUAAAUGGCUCGAAAGCCACCGUGACGCGACCACUGAUGAGCUCAAGGAGCAGAAGAAGGAACUGGAAAGCAAAGUUAUGCCAAUAACGAGCAAGUUGUACAAAGAUGCGGGAGGCGCUGGUGCAGGAGCUGGAGGCGAAGAACCCAAGGAUGAACUUUAA